AUGUCAGAAAUAACGCAGGAUAGCAACGGGUUUAGCAAGUCGUUUGCAGUAACACAUGCAGAUCACGAGUUCUUUUUCCAUUUGAUACUGUUUGCCAAUAAACAGAUCCUAAACAUUUCCAUCGAUGGUAUACUAGACACAACAUUCAAGAUACCUGUUUCUACAAAAGCAUCGAUCAACUAUGAAUCUAUGAUGGAUUUAAUUGAGAGAGAAGAUGUUGACGACGACGGUCAGGAGUUUACUUCUGCAGGUCAAUUGCCACCAGAACCACAGAUGAUUAUUGGUAAUUACUCAAAUAUGAAAAUAUCAAUAGUGGCUAGUCAAGUGGGAAAACUCAUGUCAAUUCACUCGCCGCGAGAAGUUAUACUAUCGAUAGCAUCUAAAUGGUUUGGUAAAGGAGACCAAGUUUGUGAAGAUGACUUUGACAAGUUAUCAUUCAUACUAGAGAAUGUAAAGAAAUUAUUAUGA